ACAAUACAGUAGCUAUACUUCACACAACACAUACUACAUCAUCUCACAUAUCCGCGAUUCCGCAUUCCGAACAUAGCCAGGUACUAGGAACUGUAACUACCAUGGCGUCCUACAUUGGUGGUAACAAUCCCCGCAUCACGUUAGCCUUGAUGCUUCUUGCUGUGAUCACCAUGAUGGACCACAUCUUCAUCGAGGCUGAGGCCCGAGACAUGUCGGCUGGUGGCUACAGCGAGGAGGCCAUGAAGGCGAGGCACCAUAAGUGGAUGGCGGAGCAUGGCCGCACCUACAACGACGAGGCAGAGAAGGCGGACAGGUUCCAGGUAUUCAAGGAGAAUGCCGCUUUUGUUGACAGGUCCAAUGCCGCAGGUGGCAAGAAGUAUCGCUUGGCGGUAAACAAGUUCGCCGACAUGACCAAUGAUGAAUUCUUGGCCAUUUACACUGGCUUCAAGCCAGUGCCUACCGGGACCAAGAAGAUGCCUGGUUUCAAGUACGACAAUUUUACACUGUCAGGUGACCAGCAGGCAGUUGACUGGAGGAAGAAAGGGGCUGUCACCGGUGUCAAGAACCAGGGCACAUGUGGUUGUUGCUGGGCGUUUUCUGCGGUUGCAGCGGUGGAGGGCAUCCAUCAGAUCACGACCGGCAAUCUGAUCUCACUGUCGGAGCAGCAGGUGCUUGACUGCUCCAACGGAAACAACGGCUGCAACGGCGGUUUAAUGGACAACGCCUUCCAGUAUAUCAUCAACAACGGUGGCCUUACCACUGACGAUGCCUAUACUUACACCGCUGAACAGGGCAUGUGCCAGUCCGUCCAGCCCACGGUCAUGAUCAGCGGCUACCAGGACGUACCCAGCAACGACGAGGAUGCACUGGCCACGGCCGUUGCCAACCAGCCUGUAUCUGUGGCUGUCGACGCGCACAACUUCCAGUUCUACAGUGGUGGAAUAAUGACCGGAGAAAGCUGCGGCAACAACUUGAACCAUGCGGUGACGGCGGUUGGGUAUGGCACGGCGGAGGAUGGGAGCCAGUACUGGCUGCUCAAAAACCAGUGGGGACAGAACUGGGGUGAAGGAGGAUACAUGAGGCUCGAGAAGGGCACUGGCGCCUGCGGGGUUGCCAAGCAAGCUUCCUACCCGGUGGCCAAUUGACUAAAAUAACACACAUAAUCUGCAUACAUGCUCGAAGGCAUGCAAUAAGAAAGAUUAAGGAAUAAAGCAUGCGGACACGUUUAUUCUAAAAUGUAAAAGGAAAAAUAAAGCAGAACAUUAUACAACACUUGAAGUAUAAUAUUUAUGACAUUUUUUCGAACUGAUAGUUUCUUUAUACACAUGUAACCUUGUAAGUGUGUAAUAACGAAUCAAGAGAGUAUGAGAGCUCUUGUAAAAAGUGA